AUGGUCGAUUUCAUCUACAAAGCACAGGCUCCAACUUUCACUCCAACAUCGAUCACUGACAUGACCUCCUCCCUCCAAGAGUUUCACGAAUUCAAACACGCAAUUCUCCGUGCUGAGGCUUGCCGAGGAACAUCGGGUCCUAUUGAGCAUUUUGAAAUUCCAAAACUUGAGCUCUUAGCAUCAUUUGCUCGAGCCAUCCCCCAGCUUGGCUCCAUUAUACAAUUUACUGCUGAUGUCAGUGAGCGCAUGCUCAUCACACAGUGCAAGAAUCCAUUUGAGCGCACCAGCCACCAACGUGCAACGUUCACUCAGCAAGUCGUCCGUCUCCUGGACCGGGAAGAGACUGCACGCCAGUUCGACCUCUAUGCCCUCCUCCGCUCAAACAACAUGUCCCUCAACAACCUCAUCGUCAACAAAUUCGAUGAAGUCGUUGACAUGGACCCGAUGUUGGGUUGGAUCAUGCGCGUCGCUCCCGAAGAACUGUCUCAGUUUCAAGGCCCACGUCCCGUUCGCAACCAUUUCCUCAAAGGCCUGUUGUCUGAAGACAGCAGGGUCGCCUUUCAUAUCACUGUAUCCAGUGACCACACCAACAAGACAGCACCUUUUUUGGCGCGAUUAUACCAGCUUCCUGACUUUCCUCUGACGCUUUGCUCCUUCAUUGAAAGUGUCAACCCUACGCUCGCAACUCGUUUCCAGAACCGACUGCUCAACGUCUGGAACAAGUUUCGUAUUCAGCUGCAUUCGACGUUGCGUCCGCGUCUCGUCAUGCCGAGCCAGCAGGUACAAGCAUAUCCGCCAUCUACCAAUUAUCCUUGUGGAAAUUGCGAUGCUGUCCUGCUGCAGAUGCACAGUGAAGGUGAAGAAGGUGAAAAUCUUGACGCCAUUGUAGCUCAAGUUCGCAUGGUGUUUGGCUUGUCAAAGAAAGGCCCACCGUUCCCUGCUGAACUUGACCAAAUAUUCCUCUAUGUACAGCUCUUCGAAGUCGUCGCACAUCCUCAAGAUGAUGUUGGAGUCAUGAUAUUCCGCGUUAAGCGCCAUUUUGUGACCGAUCCUGAUGGCACACAAGUGCGGGUUGGCAUGAUCAUUCCUCUGCUCGAUGUUACCCAUGCAAUCGAGCUCAUUCCUGUUUACGGGGACAGAGCUAAUCGUGCUGUUGACUCCUCGACAUGUUUGGAAAGCUAUGAUACCUUCUACCUUAACAAUUUUUCAGACAAAGAAUGGUACCACACGCUACACACAGAUUUCAUGUAG